UUUUUCGCUUAUCGUCGGACUCUGCGAGGGAGAUACGUUGUCGACAUGCCCAAGAGAAGACGGCGCGAGGGAGCCUGGCAGCGCAGGAACAAAGUACUUCAGUCUAAGACAAACGACCAUAGCGAGGGUUCCGGUGGGGAACCUGGAGUGAGAGGAGCAGGGUACACCCCUAUCGUCAAGGAAAACGAUCGCUUUGUUAAGUAUUACCAGGCUCCCCCGUGCCGUCUUCCGUUGUUUCUCUUGCAUCUUCAAUGUUCAUCCACUCUUCCCUCCCUCUAUUCGGUCAGGAACUGAUUCCGGAACAGGAAUGGGACCAGUUUAUGUCCAUCCUCAGACAGCCGCUGCCCUCCACGUUCAGAAUCACGGGCACCCGCCACGUGGCCACUGCAGUCAGAGAGUGUCUCCAGCAGACCUUCUUCCUGGAGCUGAGCAAGGCCCUGCAGGGCGCUGGGGGGCAGGGGGAGGAGUUAGCUCCACCCACUCCACUACCAUGGUACCCUGACCAGCUGGCCUGGUAUGUACCUCUGUCUAAAGCCUUCAUUCGGAAGUCUCCAGACGUUUCCAAGUUUCAUCGCUUCCUCGUCGAUGAGAGCGACCAGGGGAACAUAAGUCGACAGGAGGCUGUUAGCAUGAUUCCUCCACUAGUCCUCGAUGUCCUCCCACACCACAAGGUGCUGGACAUGUGUGCUGCUCCCGGUUCCAAGACGGCUCAGCUGAUUGAGAUGAUCCACGCCAACGAUGAGAGAACCCCUUCACCAUUACCCUCCGGAGUGGUGGUGGCCAACGAUGCGGACAACAAGAGAUGCUACAUGCUGGUACACCAGGCAAAGCGACUCAAGAGCCCUUGUUUCAUGGUCACAAACCACGACGCCUCCGUCUUUCCCGUGCUCUACCAUCACGACGAGCAUGAUGUCAGAUGCCCGCUCUACUAUGACCGCGUUCUCUGUGACGUUCCUUGCAGUGGAGACGGGACGCUCAGAAAGAACCCCACGAUAUGGCGUUCGUGGAACCCCGCACUUGGAGCUGGUCUACACAGGUUGCAACUGCGUAUUCUGAACCGAGGCCUGGAGCUGCUGCAGCCCGGAGGACGACUGGUGUACUCCACCUGCUCCCUGAACCCGGUCGAGAACGAAGCCGUCCUCGCAACCAUCUUACAGCUCUGUAGAGGUGCAGUGGAGUUGGUGGAUGUGAGCGACCAACUGCCUGGUCUCCGGACCAUUCCUGGGAUGACAUCAUGGAAGGUGAUGAAGAAGAAGAUGGAGUGGGUGUCAGAUACCAAGCCUUCCUCCUCCACUCUCUUCCCUCCUGACCCAAGCCUCUUGCCUCAGCUCAAUCUACACAGAUGUGUACGUGUGCUGCCACACCAUCAAGACACAGGCGGUUUCUUUAUUGCCGUCCUCUGUAAGUCAGACUGGCUCCCCUGGCAGAGAAGACCGAGAGACUCCGAGGGUGCCACUGCUACCAGCAGCAGCUGUGAGGAGACGGCUCCCAGACCUAGCGUUUUGGAAGGUGAGGAGGGAGGUGGGAGGGGUGGAGAGGAGAGAGAGAAGCCCAGCGUUUUAAUGGACGAAACUGGAGGGAAGGAGGGAGAGGGAUGUGGAGAGGAGAACGGCGAACCUAGUGUUCUGGUGGGCAACGAAGAGGAAAAGGGAGGAGAAGAAGAGGGAGGAGAAGAGGGAGGAGAGAGACGCAGGGUUCUUACUGGGGAGAAGGGAGGAGAUGGAGAGAAAGAAAGAGGGGAGGGCAGACCGAGCGGUCUGACAGCCAGCGAAGAUGAAAAGGAAAGAGGAGAAGGAGCCGGAGAGAAAGCGGCAGACAAUGACGGAGAAGGGGGCGGUACUACCAGUAGACCAGGGACUGCAAUACUCGGCAGACCAGGUCACAGACACGGGAAGAAGGGGCGAGUGUACCGAGAGGAUCCUUACGUCUUUCUCACCGACGAUAGCCCAGUCUUACAACUCAUUCAGUCAUACUAUGGACUGGGGGACGCGUUUCCCAGCUCCCAGCUACUGACCCGUAGCGUGGCCGGGAAAAAGAGGAACGUCUAUCUCACCUCUAGACUGGUGAAGGAACUGUUGCAGAGAAACGAACUGCACGUGAAGUUCAUCAAUGUGGGGGUGAAGGUGCUCGCCAGGUGUGACAACCGCACCGCCUCCUGUCCCUUCAGGAUAUGUCAGGAGGGAAUCGAGAGUCUAGUUCCGUUCAUCUCUGCCAACAGACUCUCCCUCACUCUGGACGAUCUGCUUCUGGUUCUGAGAGAACCAAACCCCCUCUCCACCGGUCUGGCCCCGCCCACUCAGGAGACCCUCAGCCACAUGGGGGUGGGUCCUGCUCUGUUUGAGUAUACUCCCGACCGCUCCAAGGAAGACACUAGGACAUUGUACGACCACCCAAUCUACCUGUCGGGGUGGGUGGCUCGCAAGUCAGUCAGACUGUACGUUGACAAGAAGUACAGAUGCCACUAUCUGGCCAUGCUGGGUCAUGAACCACCUCAGACCAUGUGCCUCGCCUCGGUCAGUGGCAGGAGAGACUGUGACAGUGAGGAGGGGAGGGGAGGGGAGGGAGGGGGCGGGAAAGAGGAGGGAGACGUAGAAAGCGGGGUCGAAGAGAAAAAGGGAGAAGUGGAGCUUGAAGAGGGAGGGAAUGGAGGGACAGGAGAGGCAGUGGCUGGUGAAGAAUUGAGGACGUAAUGGAGGAUAAGUCACUAAUAUCCUCAGUACAUUGUAUGUACAUAGCUUUCUCCAUGUAAUGUCUCUCACUCAUCACACCAGUUUAAUUGUCAACAUUAUUGAGUAUAUACAUUUUUCUCGCAAUGUCAAUGAAACUGCACGGACCAAGUCCCAUCGUUGGUUCUCGCAGUGACUGUUCCUUUUCAUGCAAUCCCCCAUGUACACAAGUUUCAGUGACACAC